CAACCCUACUGCGCUAGCAACAAAUGUUUUGCUGCUACUGCUGCAUGAUAAAUACAAUGCAAUUACGUGCACUGCGGUAGUCGUCGGGUCAGCAGGUCCGGGUCAACACUCGGCUGGAAACACAGCGUGCUGCCAUGCAAUUUGCCCAGGCUCCAGCUUGCUUGCACCAGCUAUUUCACGGCGAUGUGGUGGUCCUCGAGUCGGUGCAGAGCUCGACCGCCUAUGCGGUCGAGGUGCGGGAGACGGAGGCUGGCAGCGUCGCGCAGCUGCAGUUGACAGCCACGCCCGUCGCAAACGCAGCUGCACAGCGUGCAGCGGCGCUGGAGGUUGUGGAGCAGGGCGAGUGGGUCGGCCUGCGCUCGCUGCUGCUGGAUGGCCUUUUCCUGCAGGCGCGCAAGAAGGCUCCCAGCCUGGUUUUCUUCAGCAACCGGCUCGGUGUAUGGGAGCAGUGGAAGGUUGAGCCGCUGUACCAGGGCGUCCUGCAGCAGCACAGCCCCGCCAUUUGCCUCACGUCCCGGCAGGUGCCAAGCAUAUCGCUCAGCGUGCGUGCCUGGCGGGUGGGGUCCACCGCCCCGCCUCUGACAUUCCAGCCAGCGUCGCUGUUGCAGCCGGCUGUGGGACUACCUGCUCUGGACGCCGCAGGGUACGCGCUGGCACACGGCGGCAGCGCCGGCGGCGCCACGGCGGCAUUUGCGAGCCGCGGCGGCACGGAGGGGGGCUAUGCGGAGUCAGUGGCCAGCUCCUCGCUGCAGGACGAGGCGCUGGAGCUAUCCCACCAUGUGGUCAAGGGCUACGUUACCCGCGUCACCAAGUGGCCGCUGUUCCUGGCGUUCCGGCUGUGGCGGGCGGAGGCGCGGGCACAGCGCAGCCGGCGCGCGGCGGCGGCGACCAGUGCGCAAUGGCAGCAGGAGGCGGAGGCGGUGCUGGCGGCGCAGCAACGGGUGGCGCUGGAGCGGCACCAGCGCCACAUGAUGCUGCUGGCGUGUCAGUGCUGGGCGCGUCUGCGCACGCGGCAGCUGUCCCGCGCGCUGCAGGACUGGCACGUGCGGGCGCGGCGCAGCGGGCACCUGGAGCGGCUGCGGCAGCUGCUGCAGCGCAGCCUGCGCCACCGCCACAUGGCGGCCGCGCUGGAGGCGUGGAGCAGGUACGCGCACGACCGCCGCGCCCGGCUGGUGCAGCUGCGGGGCUUCUACCUGCGCCUGGCGUCACGCAGGGCGCGGGCGGUGCUGUUGGGGUGGCGCGGCGCGGCAGCGGCGCAAAGGGAUGCGAUAGCCGCAGUACAGCAGCGCCGCGGCGCCGUGCUGCUGGCCGCCGCGCUGCGCGGGUGGCGCGGCGUUACUGAGCGACUGGAGGCGGCGCGGCAGCGUGCGCACGUGCUCGCCGACGCCGCCACUGAUGCCGCGCUGUUCUCAAUCCUGCACGCCUGGCGUGGCUGCUGCCUCCGCCGCCAGCACCUGGCCGCUCGUGCGCAGCUGCUGCUCGCCGCCACCGCGCGCCGCAUCCUGGCGACGGCGUGGGGCGCAUGGCGCGACCUGACCGACACCGCUGCGGAGCGGCGGCAGCGCGCCGGGCUGCUGGCGGCACUGCGGCGGCAGCACGCGGCGGCGGCGGUGCUGCGGCACUGGGCGGUGCGGGUGGCGGAGGCGGCGGCGCUCCGCUUUGCCGCGGAGCAGGUGGACGCGCGCCGGCGGCGCCGCCUGCUGCCGGCCGUGUUCACAGCGUGGCGUGCCAUGGCCGACAUGAGCGCAGACCUGGACGACGAACACAGCCCCCAGGCAGCGGCCAGGUUCCUGGACACCCUGCAACGCCUGGUAUCUGGCGAGCACCGGCGUGGCGUGCUGCGGCGGCUGCUGGCGGCGUGGCGGCGAAUGGCGGCGGACGGCGUGCGGCAAGCAGACACGGCGGAAGCUAUGCUUCGGGUGCGGACGCGGAGCCGUGCUGCGGAGGUGUUGCGGCAGUGGCAUAGGGUGUUGCAGCACCAGGCGUGGAUGCAGGAGCAGCUGUUAGCAGUGUACAGGCAGGGCGCGGUUCGCAAGGUGCUGCAGAGCUGGGCCGAGGUGGCGGUUGGCAAGGCGCGCCUGGCCUCCACCGCCGCGCUGGUCGGCCGGCGGCUGUGGCGGCGGCGGCUGUCGCUGGCGCUGGGCGGCUGGCGAGCGCUGGCGGCACGAGUGCACAGCCAGUGGAACGCGGCAGGUGCGCGUGCCACUGUGUCACUGGCGAGGCGGAUGCUGCGGGGCUGGCGCCGGCAAUGUGACGUGUCGCGCACGUGGCAGGGGGCGCUGGUGCGCUGCCGGGGCCGCCACGAGCGCGCCCUGCUGGCCACCUCGCUCCGCGCCCUGCACAACCGCGUGUCGCUCCAGCAGCGGGUGUCGGCGCUGGCGCGCAGAUGCGGUGCGGCGCUGGCACGCCGCGCGGUGCGGGGCUGGCGGCAACAAGCAUUAGCGGGGCUGCGGCUGCAGAGUUUCGGCCGGCUACUCCACGCCAAGUGGCGCCGCACGCUGUCGCGCGCCGUGCUGCGGUCCUGGUUCCUGGCCGCCCACUCCGCCAGCCUACAGCUGCACCUGUUGGAAGCGCUGGAGGCCGCCAACCUAACCAGCACCACCUCAGCAGGCACUGGUGGCGACGGUGCGGUGCUGCUGCCCGCCUGGCAGGCCGCCUGGCCGGCCGGCUGGGCUCCGGGUGCUGCAGUAGCUGGGUAUUACGUGCCGCCCGUGAGGUCGGCAGCAGCAGCGGGAGCCGUCGCCGCGGCCGCGGCGGCCGCCUUCGACCGGCGGCACGCCGCGGUGCUGCGGCUGCUCGUGGCCUCGCUGGGUGGGGUGGGCGCGGGCGGCGGUGCUGGCAACGGCGGCUCUGCGGCGAUGUGGGCGGCGGCGGAGCUGCUGCUCACGCGGCUGCCCAGGCUGGCUAAGCUGGCGAGCAGGGCCCGGCGGCGGGCGACGGAGGUGCUGCGCGCCUGGCACUCGCGCGCAAGCUACACGGCAGGCCUGUCCAGGGCCGGCGCCCGGCUGCAGCGCCGCUGCAGGCAGCUGCUGCUGGGGUCGUGCUUCCGCGGCUGGCGGAGCUCGGUGACGGCGGUGCGGGCGCGCCGCGGAACGGCCAUGCUGCUGGUGAGGCGGGCGGUCAAAGCGCUGGGUGUGGAGUGCCUGCGUGCUUGGCGCCAGGCGACUGCGCGCGCGGUGCGGCUGCGGCGCACCCUGCUGGAGGUGCUGGCGAGGCGGGUGGAGCGGACGAAGCGCGUAGUGCUGCUGGGCUGGUUGGAGGAGGUGCACGAGACACGGCUGCGGCGGGAGGAGGUGCGCUGCGUGAAGGCCGACGCGCGACUGGCCAGGAUGGGCCGGACGCUGCGGGCGUGGCAGGAGGCUGUCACGGCGGCCGGGGCCGUGCGCGCGGUUGCGGAGCGGCGCUUCACGGCAACGUGGAUGCGGUUCAAACGAGAAGUGCUGCUGGUGUGGCGCAAUGUGGUGGAGCUGUCGCAGCAGCACCUGGCCACCUGCGUGCGCCUGGUGCGCAAGCGCAUGGAGCGCCGCUGUGCCGCGGCCGUCCUGGGCGGCUGGCGCACCUACGCGCGGCAUGAGCGGGAGCGGCGGGAGAACUGGCCGCUGCUGUGCAGGGUCUUCCUGGCCUGGCUGACGCUGGUGCAGCCCGCGGGGCGGGCGGCUCAGGCGGCGCGGGAGCGCCAGGAGCGCCUGGAGCGGCUUGAGCAGGAGAGCGCCGCCGCGCGCCGCAGCACGCAACAACGCGACAUCACUGCGGCAGCCCCCCAGGCCUCGGCCGCCAGCAUCAGCCCGGCACUGCCCGCAGACAGCGGCAGCUCUAUGCCCACCGCGCUGCGUGCUGCCACGGUCGCACCCGAGGCAGCCCCUGUGGCGUCGCCUGUGUCCGUCACGGGGCCGGCAGCUGCGCCCAUGCCAUCUCCAUCGGCGCCUGUCUCCGCAACCGCGGCUGCCGCUUCUGCUGCUGCUGCCGGCGAGGACGCCAGGCCCGCCCCAACCCCUGCCGGCGCAGAGGCGCCAGACCUGGGCUCGCUCCCAUCGCUGCGCCCCAUCAUCGUGGGGCCGUCGACGGUGGAGGCCGCGGGCAGUCCAGUGCCGGGCGGCAGCGAUCACGGCAGCUCGUCGCCGCCGGUGGAGGAGGUUCACUUCGCCAACCGCCGGCGCAGCACCCUCGACACCGACAACGGGGCCGGCGCCAUGGUGGCCCAGCCCCCGCCGGGACCGCUGGGCCAGCACCCGGCGGCGUACAUGUGGCAGCAGUGGCACAGCAUGAUGCAGACGGAGCGCGCCAACAGCUUUGGCGGCGCGGCGGGGGCCAUCCCGCUGCCCUUCGGCGCCUGGGGGCAGCUGGCGGCCUCGGUGCAGGCGGCCGCGGAGGGCGGCGACGCCGCGGCGCUCAAGGACCGCCUGGGCAAGCUGGAGGAAGCGAUCAAAACCCAGCGCGAGCAGGAGGAGGCCGCAAAGGCCAGAGCCGAUAAGGAUAAAGAGAGCGCCUCGUCGGCCCCCGUCGCUGCAUCGUCGCCGCCGGCGGCAGCGUACCGCCCGCCGCCGCCGCUGCCCACGCUGGCGCCGACAGGCAGCAGCAGCGCGCGCGCCAUGACCGCCAGCUGCCGGCCGGAGCCGGGCCCCAUGUACCAGAUCCGCCAGGGCAACAACACGACUGUGGGCCGCGCCAGCACCGCCUCGCUCACCGGGCUGGCCACCGUGGACAGCGGCAACAGCGGCAACGCGCCCAGCCCCUCCACCACGCCGCCGCCCGGCGGCACCGCUGCCGGCGCCGCCGCGCCUGCCGCGCCCACAGUGCACGUGGUGGUCCACAACCCUUACGGCGGCCCGCCCGGGCCCUACGACCCCUCCCGGCCCGACAGCCCCACCGGCGGCGACUCGGUGCCGCUGGGCUGGAACUGGUCGCGACGGGCCACCACGGACGCGGUGGUGGCGGCGGCCGAGAUGCUGCUGGAGCGGCGCUCGCGGAAGAAGCUGGACGUGCCGCCCCUGCAGCCAGAGGAGGAGGACGAGGACGAGGAGGACGGCGCCGUCACGGCGGUGCCGUACGUGGGCCCCGGCGGCCCGCGCAGCGGCGGCGGCCGCGGUACAGGUGCGACGGCGGUGCCAGCAGCAGAGGCGUCAAGCUCGCAGCAGGCGGCGGUGGGCGUGGGCAGCUCGGGAGGGGCGGGGACGGGGGCAGAGUCGGCGGCGCAGGUUGGGCCGGGUGCCGCCAAGCCGGUACAGGUUGUGGGCGGCAGCAGUGCCGGCAAUGGCGAGGACCUGCUGCUGCCCCUGACGCCGGUGGCGGCGGCGUCUGCCGCCGGGACCUCGUCAGGCGCCGCCGCUGACGGGUCGCAAGCACGCCACAUCGCUGCUGAGGGCGCGGCGCUGCCGCCGCAGCUGCGCUUCCAGCUGGGGCCCCCGGCAAAGCGCGUGAGCCCCCCGCAAGCUCCCUGGCAGCAGCAGCCGCCACCUGACGAGGAUGGGCCGGGCCUGCAGCCCGCUGCACAUCCUGACGCGCCACCGCUGCAAGGAGAUGGCAGCGACAGCUUGCCAAGGCCGUCUGCUGGCGGCGGCGGGCCCAACCUGCACCAGCCGACAGCUCGACGCUCCAUGUCUCGCCUGAGCAACGCCUCCUUUAACUACUCUGCGUGGGGAGAGGCAUCCGUGCAGCCGCCAUCGCCGCCGCAAGAAGCGCAGCAGUCUAGCCCUGGCAGGCUGGACCAAGGGCAUGAGGGCAGCAUGCCUGUGCCGCUCCUGCCGCUGCCCGCCGCUGCCUCCGGGGGCCUUCUGGUGCCAGCACACGGCUCGCCACAGCCCAUCGUGAUGUCGCCACACGACUCCGCCGACCAACAGGCGCUGCUGCAGACGCAGCCACACGGGCAGCAGCAUGGCCAGCAACAGCAGCAGCAGCAGCAGCCCAUCUACAUCACGCAGCACCUGGUGGACGGCCGAACAGUCGUGUAUGCUCAGGGAGCAGCAGGGUCCACGGACGCGUCACAGGCACAGCUGCAGCACCCACAGCCGCAGUACCCGCCGAUGCACCAGCAGCAAGCGCCGCAGGCGCUGACCUACCCGGAGGCACAGCAACAACAACAGCAACAACAACAGCAACUACAACAGCAACAACAACAGCAGCAGCGCCCAGGCGGGGCACGGGUCUCAGGGCGCCACCGCGUCACCUUUGCAUCCGAGGCCCAAGCCCCCAUGGCGCUCCAACAGCCGCCGCAACAGCAGCAACCAGGCAUGUUCUACGGAAUGCCGGCUGCACAAACGGCGCCCGGUGUUGCGGGGGUGCCUGGUGUGGCCGCGGUGCCGCCUCCUGCAGGCGUUUCUCCGUUGCCGGCUGGCUGGGUGUCGCUGCCUGCGGGUGCACCGCAGUCCCUGGCGCCUGCUGCCGCUCCCGACGCGGCUGCGGGAGGCUGGCCAGGCGCGGCACCACCGGGCACCGCCAUUACAGUGCUGUAUCCCCACACCAAUGCUGCCGGCGCGCCGGGGCUGGCGCAAGGCAUGCUCGUGCUGCAGGCUUCGCCGGCGCCGGCGCCUGUACAGCCGCAACAAGCAGCGGUGUCACUGCAGCAAGGCGGAGCGGCAGCAGGCGGAGCAGCAGCAGGAGGUGGAGGCAGCGGCGGCGGCGCGCUGGCGCCUGUUGCCCCUGACAUGUCUGACAUGGACACGCUGCUUGGGGAGCUGGAGGCGCGGUCACGUGCGGCCAUGACGUCGCCUCGGCGGCAGGGAGCGGGCCGCGCCGGCGGCAGCGGCGGCGGCGCCGGCAGGGCCGCCUAUGGAGGCGGCGGCGCUCGGGCCGCAACCGCGGGCGGCGCGAUGGCGGGCGGCAGCGGGACUGCGGCCGGAAUGCUGGGCGGCGGUCUGGGUGGCCUGGGCGCCAUUGACAGUCUGCACGUGCGGGCGACCACCCUCAGCGCGCCUGGUGCGCCCGUGUUCGGCUCCUGGGCGGGUCCAGGCGGCAUGCCUGCCGCCGAGGGCCAGGCGGCUGGUGGCCGCCGAGCCACGCACGCCAGCGAGGUGGAGGACGCGGGCGGCAGCGCGGCUGAGGGUGACCGGCCCUCGGUGGUGGACGCGGCGUUGCGGCGGCUGGAGGCGGCCAGCGUGCAUGCGCACGCGGCGGCGGCGGCCUGGACCGCCGUGGCGCGGCAGGUGGAAGAUGAAGCGGUGGAAUCGGGUGAGCGCGAGAUGUCAAGGCUGGCUGUGGCGGUGCAGGCGGCGGCAGCGGCGGCCACCGCCGCUGCGACGUCGUCUGCGGCCGCAGCGGAGCGGACUGCACGAUCACCUGCAAGGACAGGGGCAGGGCCAGGGGCUGCGCGGGAGCCGGUGGCAGCAGCAGCGGCUGCGGCUGCUGCCUCAAAUGCUCGAUUGGGCAGUGGGCGGGCUCAGCCCCGGCGUGCUCCGGGCUUGGGAGCAGCGGCCGGCGGCGGGGCUGCGGACCUGCUGGCCACGUUCCUGCCGGGCGCGCAGCAGGCCAUGCGGCGCCAGGCCCCCGCAGCACCCGCGGCGUACCGCGCACAGCAACACCAGCAACACCAGCAGCAGCAGCAGUAUGCCGCUGCAGCUCCCUAUGACGGGCAGGACGAGGAAGAGCUCGCGUUCGGGUCUGUAAUUUCGCAGCCUUACCGGUACGCACGCCGACCUGAGUCGCGCUGGCUGGCGGACGCAGGUGCAGCUGUCGCUGACAGGGCUGAGCAGCAACAGCAUCAGCAGCGGGCGGCGUGGGAGUGGGCGGCGCGCCAGGAUGCGGCCAGCCACCAGCAUGCGGCGGCUCAAACGGCUGCACACCCGCACCGUUCGCGACCGCAGGUGGAGCCGUCGUUGCGGACGGGUGUGCAGGGCUCAUACGAGCAGCAACAGCUGCUGCAGCAUCAACGAAUGGAGAGGAGGCAGCCCUCUGGCGGCAGUGCCAGCAGCGAGACAGCGGCUGCUGCGGCCGAGGCCUGCCCAACCUGUGGCUCUCCGACGCGCCCGAGCAUGCACGCACGGCAGGUCGAGCCAGCAACGCGGGGCGCACACGCCCUCGCACACGCCCCGGCGCAAGCGCCAGUGCAGUCGGGUCGCGAGGAGCGCCGUGUGCGUUGGAGCCUGGACGGCGAGUGGCCCGCGGCACCGCGGGAGCGGCACAGGCACUCGGGUGCGGCCGGCGGCCUGGACCCGAUGGCAGAGCUGGCGAUGCUGGCGCGGCGCCGCGGCAACGCCCACCUGGCCGCCACCCUGGCCGGUCUGUCGGGUGGAGCGGCCUCCGGGGCAACUACUGCAGGCGGUGACAGGGAGCCCGGCCUGCAUGCGCCAGCGCACGCUGCCGCCGCGCCCCCAUCAGCAGCAGCGGCCCACCCGCAGCGGUCAGUGCCCGGGGCCGCGAGCGCAGCACGCAGCGACGCGCUGCGGCCGGCCGCCCCGCGCGGCCGGGACCUGCCGCCCUCGGGAUCGGCUGCAGGGCCGCCCGCCUACGACCGCGCCUGUACGCGGGCGCCCGCCUCUGCGCCGCCCACUCCGCCGCGGUUCGGCGGCGGCGGCAUGGCCGCCUUUGAAGGUGGCGGUGGCGGCGGCGCCGCCGCGAUGCCGGCCUUUCCGGGCGCUCUGGCGGCGUACCUGCCUCGACGGCCCAGUACCCAGGACAGCAUGAGCAGCAGCGCCAGCAGCGGGGCCUCCUCUGUGGGGGCCGGUGGGGGUGGGGGCGGGCCGACGCUGCCGGCGCUGAUCGAUGUGGACGGCAGCCGCCUGGGUGCCUUCGACCCGGACCCGCUGGGCUCGCCGCUCAAGGGCGUGCUGGGCGAGUGCCGGCGGCUGCAGGCGGCGGCGGUCCGGCGGGAGGCGGAGGGGCAUGCGGUGGUGCGGGAGGUUGUGUCGGAGUUGUCGCCGCGCUCGGCGGUGGCGGCGGCGCUGAGGGCGGUGAUGGACGGGAGGCAGGGCUGCGCCGCAGCCGACGGCGGUCAGGGCGGGGCCGCAGGCGCGGGGGAGGGGGUGGGCAGCAGGGCGCGGCGUGCCAUUCUGACGUCUUCAAGGCGGGUUUGAGGAUUUUGUCGACGGUUAUGAGGCCUACGCUCCGUUUCGUUGUUGCUUUGGGUGACCCUGACGUGGGCUAGAGGAUGAGUAAGUCGGGGGAGCAAGAGCCCAGGGUGCAGACGAUCCCACGGUUUCCAGACGAGCGGGUAUCCCACACAUUGACUGCGCUAAAGCCUGAACUUGAGCGGUGUAGCACUUCGCUGCGGGCGAGUCUAACGGUCGAAGCG